CAUAUCCAACGGUUUCAAUAAUGUAUAUGAAUCUGUAAUCCCUAAAGAAGUAUUCAGACUUGGAGCCUGUCUUAAAGACAUAAAUAGCUGGAUGAAUAAAUUAACACAUGUGCUCAGAACCUACUCAGCCCAGCCUACAACUCAAAAGUCCAAAUGAACCCACACAGCACCACAGCCAAUCAACAUCCACAAACCUGGUCCUGUGCUUGACAGGGGCCGAUACUGGCUUUACAGUAAUGUAAAGCCCCCCCCCCCGGCUGGAGCCUCCCCUCCGCGGCAGCAGGGGCCUCACUUCCUGCUUUGUGGAGGCGCUCCGCCGUCUCUCUUCUUCGGUGGUAUGGCGCAUAGGCGUUAAGUUCCGGGAUCACUGACUCUGUGCGCGACUUCAUGGUCUGAAGACGGAAGCCGUGAAUGGACAUUUCGUGUCGUCUGUAGCGUGUGUGAGCUCGGUGCCGCGAGAGCCCGCUAACACGGUGUGUGUGGCCGGUGAUGGUCGGAGCGGCUCCGCGCAGACAUGACAGACUACGGCGAGGAGCAGAGGAACGAGGUGGAGGCCCUGGAGGCCAUCUACCCGGACUCCUUCACAGUGCUGUCUGACGACCCCCCCAGCUUCAGCAUCACCGUGACGUCAGAUGCAGGGGAACACGGGGAAACUGUGGAGGCCACCUUAAAGUUCAGCUACGUGGACAGGUACCCCGAUGAGCCCCCCCUGUGGGAGGUCAGCUCCCAGGAGAAUCUGAAGGACAGCGACACGGAGGACAUCCUCACCCUACUGCAGCAGCAGGUGUUCCUGCUGGGCUGGACUCAUGGGCUCUCUGCGCAGGCCGAGGAGAACCUGGGGAUGGCCAUGAUCUUCACCCUGGUGACGGCUGUGCAGGAGAAACUGAAUGAAAUCGUGGAUUUGAUGAAAAAUCGUCGAGAAGAGGAAAAACGUCAAAAAGAGAGGGAGUUAGAGGAGGCAGAGAAGGUGGCCUUCCAGGGUACGGUGGUAACCAUAGAGAACUUCCUGGCAUGGAAAGCUCAGUUUGAGCUGGAGAUGGCUGAGGUGAGGAGGAAACGGCAGAAAGAGGAGGAGCAGGCUGGAAAGCCUAAACUUACCGGUAAACAGCUGUUUGAGAGAGACCACAACCUGGACACGUCAGACAUCCAGUUCCUGGAAGAUGCUGGAAACAAUGUGGAGGUGGACGAGUCACUGUUCCAGGACAUCGAGGACUUGGACUUGGACGAGGAUGACCCAGACUUUGACCCUCUAGAGAUGGGCAGUGAUGAGGACUGAGCCAGCAGGAUGACCCUGGACUGUAAAACCUGCUCUGCUCCUGAAUUUGGUCUUCUCACUACAUAGAUUUUAAAGACUUGCAGUAGAUCCAACACAGGGCUGGGAGUUCUCAUUUCAACACCUAAAACAUUAAAUUUUUCCAGAAAAUGCUCCGUCUUGUGUCUGGUUGAACUAUGAGUGGAAAGCCUCGUGUCCAGAAGAUGGCAGUAGGAUGUAAGAAAUAGGUGGGAAGGUAAACAGGUGUUGUCUCCCGUACUGAGCUCAGAAAACCACGUCUGACAGCAGAACCGCGGACGGAGCUGA